CCAUAGCCAUCAAGCCUGGCCUUUUAGCCCAGGAAGCUGUGUUGAGGAUAUAUGUGCAGAGCUGUGUAUUGAUGACAGAUGUGCUUCUAGCCAGCUCCUUCUGGAUGAAUGAAUGAGUUCAUGAUUACAGUAGAGUCCUCCCUCCACACUUCUUCAGUGGAGUCACUUCAUGGAUGACAGGUGCUUGUAAUGCCACUGCGCUGCUCCAAGACCAUGUAAGGCCCACUGACCAUUAACCCCGCUCAGAGCCGAGACAGGUUUGCAGAUUAACAUGGGGAACUCUGAGAGUCAGUACACCCUCCAAGGAUCGAAAAGUCAUAGCAAUACCAUUACUGGUGCUAAGCAGAAGCCUUGCUCUCUGAAAAUACGCAGCAUCCAUGCCAAAGACGAGAAGUCUUUGCACGGUUGGACUCACGGAAGCAGUGGAGCAGGCUACAAGUCCAGGUCGCUGGCCCGAAGCUGCCUUUCUCACUUCAAGACUCAUCAGCCUUACGCCCCGAGACUCAGUGGACCCACAGGCAAAGUCUCCAAAGGCACCAUCUACUCCAAGCACAGGGUGAACACCCCAGGACCUGACCUCCAGGGCAGCGACCCCUUCCACUAUGUCAGCCGCGAGCCAGCAGAUAACCACCUCACCUCCAGAGACUGCAAUGGACACCUUCUCAACUGCUACGGGAGAAAUGAGAGCAUGGGCUGCACCCCACCCGGGCAGGACCGCCGCAGCCCCCGGGUGCUCAUCAAGACGCUGGGGAAGCUGGAUGGCUGUUUGAGGGUCGAGUUCCACAACAGUGGAACCCACAGCCAAGGGUCUGCCGAGGACCCUGGUGGGCCAGUGCAGCUGCUGAGGUACUCGCCUACGUUGGCAUCAGGGACCUCCCCAGUGCCGGAUGCCAGGAGGGACUCCAGCGCCGACUCCCCGGCCAGCCAGCGCCCUUCUCCCACCGACUCCCGCCUGCGCUCCAGCAAGGGCAGCUCACUGAGCUCUGAGUCCUCCUGGUACGACUCCCCUUGGGGCAAUGCUGGAGAGCUGAGCGAGGUGGAGGGCUGCUUCUUGGCCCCCAGCACGCCCGACCCCAGCUUCCCGCCCUCCGAUGCCAAAAAACCUUUCAACCAAAGCUCUUCCCUUUCCUCCCUCCGAGAACUCUACAAAGAUGCCAACCUGGACAGCCGCUCCCCCUCGGGCAUCUGCCUUUCCGAUGACUAUAUCGGCUCCCACGCCAGUCUCGGCAACCGUGUCUCCUUUGCCUCUGACAUCGAUGUGCCAUCCAGGGUGGAGCACAGAGACCCUGUCCAGUACGGUUCCUUCACCCUCCCCUGCCGGAAGUCCAAAGCCUUAACUGAAGACACUGCAAAGAAGGACACCCUCAAGGCCAGAAUGCGACGCAUCAGUGACUGGACAGGAAGCCUCUCCAGGAAGAAGAGGAAACUCCAGGAGCCGAGGUCCAAGGAGGGUAGUGACUUCUUCGACAGCCGCUCUGAUGGGCUGAAUGCAGAUGUGCAGGGACCCUCUCAGACAUCUGCCUUCUUGUGGUCCGGAGGCUCGGCCCAGAUCCUGUCUCAGAGAAGCGAAUCCACUCAGGCGAUUGGCAGUGAUCCCCUCCGACAGAACAUUUACGAGAAUUUUAUGCGGGAGCUGGAAAUGAGCAGGACCAACACUGAGCACGUAGACACAUCUACAGAAACUGUGGAGUCCAGCAGCGAGUCACUCAGCUCGCUGGAGCAACUGGAUCUGCUCUUUGAGAAGGAGCAGGGUGUGGUCCGCAAGGCCGGGUGGCUCUUCUUCAAGCCCCUUGUCACCCUGCAGAAAGAGAGGAAGCUGGAGCUGGUGGCCCGGAGGAAGUGGAAGCAGUACUGGGUGACACUUAAAGGCUGCACCCUGCUGUUUUAUGAGACCUAUGAGAAGAACUGUGCUGAGCCCCGCAGUGGGCCCAGGAGCGCCCUCUUCGUGGAGGACAGCAUUGUGCAGUCUGUCCCGGAGCACCCCAAGAAGGAGCAUGUGUUCUGUCUCAGCAACUCCUUUGGAGAUGUCUACCUUUUCCAGGCCACUAGCCAGACAGAUCUGGAAAACUGGGUCACAGCCAUACACUCUGCGUGUGCGUCCCUUUUUGCAAAGAAGCAUGGGAAGGAGGACACAGUGCGCCUGCUGAAGAGCCAGACUCGAGGCUUGCUCCAGAAGAUUGACAUGGACAGCAAGAUGAAGAAGAUGGCGGAGCUGCAGCUGUCCGUGGUCAGUGACCCCAAGAAUAGGAAGGCCAUUGAGAACCAGAUCCAGCAGUGGGAACAGAAUCUGGAGAAGUUUCACAUGGAUCUGUUCAGGAUGCGUUGCUACCUGGCCAGCUUGCAAGGCGGGGAGUUACCAAACCCUAAGAGUCUCCUUGCUGCCGCCAGCCGUCCAUCCAAGCUGGCCCUUGGCAGGCUGGGCGUCCUGUCUGUUUCCUCAUUCCAUGCUCUGGUAUGUUCUAGAGAUGGCUCUGCUUUUCGGAAAAGAACUCUCUCACUGACCCAACGAGGGAGGAGUAAGAAGGGCAUAUUUUCUUCACUGAAAGGGCUAGACACGCUGGCAAGAAAAGGGAAGGAGAAGAGGGCUUCCAUAACUCAGAUAUUUGAUUCAAGUGGCAGCCAUGGAUUUUCUGGAACUCAGCUACCUCAGGGCUCUGGCAACUCCUGUGAGGUGGAUGGACUUCGGCAUCUCUGUGGGUCAGCAGUAGAGGGGCCUCCGCGGGACAACUCGUGGGAAAUCCAGACUUACAUUCACUUUCAGGACAAUCAAGGUGUGACUGUCACAAUCAAGCCGGAGCACAGGGUGGAGGACAUUUUGACUUUGGCAUGUAAGAUGAGACAGUUGGAACCCAGUCAUUAUGGCCUUCAGCUUCGAAGACUAGCAGAUGAGAGUGGAGAGUGGCAUGCUCCUGCUCCCUCUGAGUACAUGCAAGAGCAGGUUUAUGAUGAGAUAGAAAUUUUUCCACUCAGUGUCUAUGAUGUGCAGCUCACGAAAACUGGGGACGUGUCUGACUUUG